AUGGCGCUGCGAUGGCGGUUCGACGGUGGUCUGGAGAUAACAGCGGGGCAUAACACUUGGCGGUCCGGCAGCGAUGGCAGUGGUGGGGACGGGCCAGGCUUGGAUGGCAGCUUAUGGUCUUCCUUCGGAGACCACUACAAUCUCAAGUUUGAUGACGAGGAGGAUCCUAUUGUUGUCUUUGAUUUGGAGAUGGAGGAGUUUCGGAGACUGCGGCUUCCGUUUCCUAAGGUUGAAGGAGAUGACAGUCGUUAUGGAAGUCUUGUUGCUUCUGGUUCUGUUGAUUUUUGGGUCAUGGAAAGGUAUGGAGACAAUGACUCGUGGAACAUGCUUUAUAGCUUUAGGAUUUCCAACGAGUCUCCGAUUAAGUUUCUGAAGCCACUUGUAGUUGCAGAGAGUAGUCAAGUUCUUGUGAGAUGUUCUACUGCUGCAGAGCUGGAGUUGGUAAGGAUUCGUGGACAAGAAGAGGAGAAGUGUGGUACCUAUAUGAAUGAGGCCGAGCAAAUGUUAUUGAAAGUCUGGAAAAUAGAAAACUGGAUCGAUCGGGGUCGCCGGCUUCGGCAGUAA